AUCUUCAAAAUAUCUCUAACCUAUUUUAUACCUUCUUUGUAAAACUCUAGAAGUUAUUAUCAAAUGCGCUUUUGAGUUAAAGUUACGCAUCUUAGCAACACAAAAAUCCAAAAAUCACAGGUGUGUGUUUGAUAUAUUUUUGUGUAUGUAUAUAUAUACACAAGUUUACAUAAAUAAACGCGUUUAUCCACUGAACUACUUUGUAUAGUUUUACUACGUUCUUGUGUAUUUUUCUUAUUUUUUGGAAUACUUUAAUCUUUUGAAACGAUUGAAAUGGCUCUCUGUGCUUGCAAAUGCCUUAACGUUACAUUGGAAAGUGAUAAACUAGAAGAAAUGUUUGAUAUCGGAAAACUAUCUUCGACGGAACAAAGGGAUACUUUUUUCAAUGAGAAACUACUGAUAUGUCAAGUCAACCAACUAAAAGUUAACUUAGUGCAACCAGCUCUUAUUGGACAUCGCACUGUGGAUCACCUCACUUUAGAAUCAUGUCUCGCUUGCGGACAGACUACCCAUGCUAUUCUGCAUGACAAAAAUCUUGUGCUGAUCCCGAAGUCUAUUCAAACCACCUUGGAGCAUAUAAAUAGUUUGAAGAGUUCGGGUAGUUUUUCACCAGUAUUUAACCUAAUAGUGCCAGAAGUAAACAAUGAUGUAGAGAUGAAAGAAAAUGUAGAUACAAGCAAUCAAUUAGUUAUUGAUAAAAAUGGCUGUUCAUCAUCACUGCAAAUGAUUGGAUCACUUAAAAAACAGUUGAAUCAAACAUUACAAUCACAUCUAGAGGCCAUAGAAGAAGCAGUUAGUCAGUUUAGAGAUCAGAAAUAUGCAGAGUAUGAAGUUUACAGAGCAAAGGCACAAAGAGACCACAAAAUAUUAUCUAGUAUAAUUAGCAAGGCACAAAGUAAUAUUGAAAAAGAAAACUGGGCAAAUAACUCUAACUUUGCCAGCGGACCACCGUCGCCGCUUGUUCCACCUCUUCAGAGACGGAGACUGUCUUCUCUUAAAGAUGCCAAAAAGUUUACUCAAAAGUCAACAGCACAAAUACCACAUGAAGAAGAUUCUUUAGACGCAGAAGAUAUUUUCGAUCUAGAAGGAACAGACUUUAACAACUUCAUGGGCUCAGACCAUGACGACUACGAUUCUGAUCAAGGAAGUAACGAUGAAGGCAUUCACAUCGGAAGGCAGCGCGGUAUUCCUAACGCGGAUAUUGCCCGCUCACUUCCCAUCACUGUGCCCAAGUUUGGAUCUGAACGUCCAGCAGUCAGGGAGGUUGAUGACUAUGAGGAACCGCAGGAUAUAGCUGCUAGCAUUAAGGCGUUGGCUCGCUCCGUGCAUGGAGAUGUGUUCGAACUGCCCCGGCCUCGCUUCUCCACUCAAAUCUAGUUCCCCAUUAUAAUCUACUCUAUGACUAGGUUUCAUAUUAUCGUGUAAGGACAUCUGCUCAUCUUAUCCCAAGUCAAUAUACUGUGUUGUGCGUGUACUCCGUGGUAGUGCUUGAGAUUUAUACUGCCCACACAUUGGUGCUUCAGAAAUGUGAUUGGUGACCCUAAUACUGUUUUAUGAACUGUAGAAUGUACCACGAAAGGCAAUAGUUUUAUUCAAAUAUGCUUACGGUAGUUCGAGAUACUCCUGUGCCAUUUACUGCGGGCAUCAACGUUUAAUUAAUGCCUUAGUAACAUUUCUUUCUCUAUGUGCAGAACUGUUUUAACCUCAAAGUCAAGUUAAAAGUAGUGUUUUUUUUUUAUUUGGUUGUAAUAUUGUAAGCCUCCAUAAGGCAUGUUAUUAUAACAACAAAAAAGUAGUAUGUAAGCAAGAGGCUAUGAAUGUUGUUGUAAAUCAGAAUAAUUAUUAUUAAAUAAACCAAAAAAUUUUGUUACAUAUUUGUGUGUGAAUCCGUACAAUAAAGAACUGAUUUUUUUAAGUGUAUAAGUUGGAAUGAUAAUAUUUUGUAUUGAUAAUUAUAAUAAUUAUUAUACUUAAAUGAUACGUUCAAAAAUAUAUGAUAAUGAAAACUGUGCAAUAUGCAACAAUUGUUACAAUUAUCAAUACAUUUAAUUAUAUUUAAAAUAUUGCCAUUCAUGUUCAGUUCAUGAUCUAGUGCAGAUAAUGAUAAUUUAUUGUCUGACAGAUAAGUAAUAAAAGUUGUGUGGGUAUGUAUGUCAAAACCAUUAAAAUACAUUUCUCAUUAAAAUAUAUUGUACCCUCAUGUUAUGCUAUGUCAGAAAUAAUAUAAUAUAUCCAGUAUGUAUGUUGUAUGACUUGUGUUAAUCUUGGUUGACCUAUAGUAAUGUGAACGAGCAAAUGAAGGCGUAAGUCAGUGACUUGUUGAAUUUGAGUAAUUAAAUGAUGAAAAUUAAAAUUACCAUCUAAGUCAUAAGUAUCUCUGUUAUAGAAUUCAGAGUUUUCUAUUAAUUUUUAUGUCGCGUUAUCUUAAUGAUAAGUGAAAAGUGUACAAAAAUAUUAAUACUUGCAUUUCUUACUAGUCUGUUAGGGUCACGAAAUGAAUCAGAAAUCAAGUUGUUUACAAUCUAAUUAUAUAGAUAUAGUCUCUCUCAUCAUUAAUGUCUUGCAUAAUUAAAAAUUUGUAAUACGUUUAUUUUUUUAUAAAAAAAUAUUUUGAAUGAGAUAAAUAUGAAGUGGAACCGAAGCGGCAGCAGUUUGGUAUUUUGUAUUCUUUUGUUUUAUGAUGUGUAUACUUUAUAGAAUAGGUUGUAUGAGCAGUAAGGUGAUUGCAUAACAACCGCACCGAACGCAUCGCAUGUGUGCGACUAGCUUUAUAUAACAGUACCUACAUGCAUGAUUAUAUCAGUGUCUUCCAAUAGCACUGUUCUUUUUUAUUUUGAAAUGAUUUUGUUCGUACUUUUUAUCGUGAUGUCGGUGUUUCAGUCAGUUGUUUAGUGUAGCUAUUAUAGUUAUUUGUUUAUUUGGUGUGACGAUACUGAGAAGGACCUUGAAUGUAAAGAAUAGUAGUGAUCAUGAAAAUAAAAUUUACAAAAAAUA